GGCAGGCUGGCUGUGCGGCGCUGCCGGCUGUUAGGAAGUGAGGAUAAAGUCAGGCGAACACGAUAGCGGCUGUUCUUCUGCUCCGUAGAAGUGAGGAGGCACCUCGGGGGUAACAUGAUGGCGUGGCUGAGCUUUCUGGUCAUGUUCCUCUGCAGCUGGAGCCUGCGGGACUCGGUGGUGGAGGCUUGCACUUGCGUCCCCAUCCACCCGCAGGACGCUUUCUGCAACUCCGACAUCGUGAUUCGAGCUAAAGUUGUGGGGAAGAAGCUCAUGAAAGAUGGACCAUUUGGAACUAUGCGGUACACAGUCAAGCAGAUGAAGAUGUACAGGGGCUUCCAGAUAAUGCCACAUGUUCAGUACAUCUACACAGAAGCCUCUGAGAGUCUUUGUGGAGUCAAGCUGGAGGUCAACAAGUACCAGUACCUGAUUACAGGCCGUGUGUAUGAAGGGAAGGUUUACACUGGCCUGUGCAAUUGGUAUGAGAAAUGGGACCGGCUGACUCUGUCCCAGCGUAAAGGACUGAAUCAUCGUUAUCAUCUUGGCUGUGGAUGCAAGAUUAGGCCCUGCUACUAUUUGCCCUGUUUUGCCACCUCCAAGAAUGAAUGUAUUUGGACAGACAUGCUCUCCAACUUUGGCCACUCAGGAUACCAAGCGAAGCACUAUGCCUGCAUUCAGAGGGCAGAAGGUUACUGCAGUUGGUAUAGAGGAUGGGCGCCUCCAGAUAAAAUGAUAAUCAAUGCCACAGAUCCCUGAGCAUGUUUUAUGCCUUCCUUAUCUCCCCUCUUCCUUACUUGUGGCUGAUCUUCCUUUGGACAAUAACUCUUACCAGAUCAUGAUGAUGACAAUGAAAUUAGUGCCUGUUUUUGCAAAUUUUAGCACUUCAAACACUUAAAAAAGAAAAGGAAAAAAAAAAAAAGUCUGUGCUACCUUACUGAAUUCGUAUUCACCUAUUCCAUUUUUUGAUACCACUCAUUUUGAUCAGAUGACAUUUGGGAGCUUACUUUUGCACACCAGAGAGAAAAAUGGGAGUUAAAAAAAAAAAAAAGAAAAAAUGGAGCUCUUGCUCUCUUACAUGUAUCAUUAGCCAUAGCAAUAUAAUCUCUAUUUUUUUAGGAAAACAAAAGUCUAAAAACUAUGCCAAUUAGGCACUGUAUUCUUCCAUGCUCUGGCUUCUCGUCACCCCUCCUUAUGCACUAAGUGCUGAAAAUAUGUAGACAAAUCUAUUCAAAGGAAAACGGGUUUCAUUAAUCAGAUUGGCAAACUGAAAAGAAACCCAGCUCUCUGGAAAAAAUGAUGUCCAAAAGAAAUCAUCCUCUAUGGGAAAGACUGACAAUGUGAUUGACUCCAGCAGUGGGAGAAUUCACCUGGUGUGUUUGACUGCGUCAUCUGGUGAAAGCAUUGUUGAGUGAUUGUCCUAGCUAAUUUAGUCACAGUGUGAAUGCAGCAGCACAUUUGAAAUUCUGGCUUUCCCCAGAACAAAAGAGAGAGUAUUUUGUAUUGUUGUUUAAAAAACAAA